AUGCUCCAGCGCAGCCAUGACCUGCUCGGCGUCAGAUAGCGAGAAGAUCGUCAUCAACUGCGGGGGGGUCCGGCACCAGACCUACCGCAGCACCCUGAAGACGCUGCCGGGGACGCGGCUCUCCUGGCUCACGGAGCCGGACGCGCACAGCAACUUCGACUAUGACCCCCAAUCGGACGAGUUCUUUUUCGACCGGCACCCGGCCACGUUCGCCUUCAUCCUCAACUACUACCGCACCGGGAGGCUGCACUGCCCCGGGGAUGUCUGCGGGCCGCUGUUCGAGGAGGAGCUGGCGUUCUGGGGCAUCGACGAGACGGACGUGGAGGCGUGCUGCUGGAUGAACUACCGCCAGCACAGGGACGCGGAGGAGGCGCUGGACAGCUUCGACACCCCCGAGCCCGACAACCCCGACGACGACCCGGCCCUGACCGGGGGCGCGGACGGGGACCUGAACCGGCUGUGCGUGCAGGAGGACGGCCGCAGGGCCACGUGGUGGGAGGUGUGGCAGCCCUUCAUGUGGGCGCUUUUUGAGGACCCCUACUCCUCCAAGUACGCGCGGUAUUGUGCGUUGGCAUCCCUCUUCUUCAUCCUCCUGUCCAUCUCCACCUUCUGCCUGGAGACCCACGAGGCCUUCAACACCAUCCUCAACAAAACGGAGAACGUCACCACAGACAGCGUCACACGUGAGGAGAUCGUUUAUGAAGUCAUCACAGACAGCUGGCUGACGUACGUGGAGGGCGUCUGCGUCAUCUGGUUCACCAUUGAGGUGUUUAUGCGCGUCAUUUUCUGCCCUGACAAGAGAGAGUUUUUCCGCUCCGCCCUCAACAUCAUAGACUUCGUGGCCAUCGUGCCCUUUUACCUGGAGGUGGCACUGAGUGGCCUCUCCUCCAAAACAGCCAAAGAUGUGCUGAGCUUCCUGCGCGUGGUGCGCUUCGUCCGGAUCCUGCGUAUAUUCAAGCUGACCCGUCAUUUUGUGGGUUUGAGGGUCCUGGGGCACACUCUGCGGGCCAGCACCAACGAGUUCUUGCUGCUAAUCAUUUUCCUGGCGCUGGGCGUCCUCAUAUUCGCUACCAUGAUCUACUACGCCGAGCGCAUUGGAGCCGAUCCAGACGAUCCAACGGCUGCAGCUCACACCAACUUCAAGAACAUCCCCAUCGGCUUCUGGUGGGCUGUGGUGACCAUGACCACUUUGGGAUACGGGGACAUGUACCCUGAGACGUGGUCUGGAAUGCUGGUGGGGGCCCUCUGCGCUUUGGCGGGCGUGCUGACCAUUGCCAUGCCUGUGCCCGUCAUUGUCAACAACUUUGGCAUGUACUACUCCCUGGCCAUGGCCAAGCAGAAGCUCCCCAAGAAGAGGAACAAGCAUAUUCCACGAGCACCACAACCCGGCAGCCCCAACUACUGCAAGCCGGACGCUCUGGCCAUGGCGACCGCCUCUCCCAACAGGCUCAUGGGCACCGUUCUGGGACCAGGCAUGGUGGGGUCUGGCAGUAUGAUGGGCGCCGGGGACUGCCCCCUGGCCCAGGAGGAGAUCAUCGACAUAAACAGAGCAGAGUCCAAGCAGAAUGGCGAUGCGGCGGCCAGCGCUGCUGCCCUGGCCAACGAGGACUGUCCCACCAUCGACCAGGUCCUUGGAGACGAGCGCAGCCCGGCCACCGGGGGCCUGGGCUCCACCACCAGCCGCGAGCGCUACCCCCACGACCGGGCCUGCUUCCUGUUGAGCGCUGGGGAGUUCCAGCGCACCUCAGACGGCAACGUUCGCAAAGUGCUGAGUUUCUAACGCUGCAAGAAGAGGAAGUGUUUCUGCUCCUUCACCUCUUCCAAAUGUUUUCAACAUAGGAGCCAAGACAGAGAGGAAAGAGUUCUGAUCCAUCAUCCUCAUCAUCACACGUGACAGAGAGGAGGUUUUUAUCAGGUAUGAGACUUUUUAACGAGGAAGAGCUGAGCAGAUCUUCUAGACCACGGACCCCCCCGGCUCAUAAAUCAUCCAAGACCGCGGAUCCUUCCAGACAAGUCAACGACCGAGCAUCCCCACUCAUCUGUUCUACAGAUUAGUCCUUUUUCUGCAUAGAAGCAUUGACACUUGUUGAUUUCCUGCGAAUGUUCCUUUAAUUCAGCACUCGGUACUUGAAGAAAGGUGGUCCGUCUUGAUGUCUAACAGCUCCUGCAGAGAUGAACCGUGUGUUUCUGCAGGGUGAAUCCACUCAUACAUAUCAGAAAAUGAGAGCCAUAUCACAUCCUGACAUCCAAAUGUCCCAGCAGACUGUGAACUGAUAAUCCUGGGACUCAGCUGUCGGAGAUCCUGGAGGUCCAAAUGGAGUCUGAAUCCAAUCCUGGGGAGUUUAACCAAAGACGGGCACGUGGACAGACUUCAUCAGAAACCUGACAGACCUGAAGCAGAAUCAGCGUUUCUGAGGAUGAACCUUUCUGCUCUCCUUCCCCGAGUCUCUGUGAUUCCUUUAUUCUCUCUGCAUCGCGACUGCUCCUCCUCUCUAACAAAUAUGCAUGGCAUGAAAGAAACUGAUUCAAACCAGAAGAGAGACAAUCAAGGUGACGAAUUCUGACAAAAACCUGGAAAAGAAGCGAUGUUUUAAGAAAACAAAAUCAUCAUCAUCGACGUCAUAAUAGUGCGCCUGACAACCUUUUCAGCCCAGAAAUGAUUGUUAACGUGAGAAAGCCCUGGUUGUUUCUGAAAGCACCACGGAUGAGGAGAUCCCACCUCCCAGAGAAAGAAGAAGUAAAGGCGAUCCUGCAUACACCUGGUGAGGAUGUGGGUGGGGGGGAAGAAAACCUAAGAAAAAAAUCAGGGAACAUAUUUGCAGGACUGUUGCAGGACAAAAUGACUUUUCCAGGCUUCGUUUUCCAGCAUGAAUAUUUUGCAUGACUUCUGCAAGCCACGAUGAUCUCCUCAUGAAGAAUAGGGCGCCAUCGCCACAAUUCACUGUAACAUGUUGACUUUCAAAAAUGUUGGUUUAACUGACAUUUUUAACCAUUUAGUUUGAUCAAAUCUAGCUAAUAAGGACAGAAACAGGUUUCAGCAUCUCUUGUUUUCUCUAAGAAUUCUUUGGAGAGUUUCCUGCUACGACAAAGCACUAACUACUGCAGCGUCAUCCCCUCAACGACUGCCACCGUCACGUGGCUCAGGUUGGGUCCAUCCUUCAGAGUCCAGCUCCAGAUUCAUCCCCGGAUCUGGUCUGGUUUCCUUCUGUUGUUGCAAUUAAAUCCCCAUGAUUCAGUUUCGGACUUCUUAAAGUAUGAAUGAACGAACCCAAAUUACGUUUCCCCCCACUUUUUAACUCGUCUAAAAACCGAAAUGUUGUCUCUCUGCUGGUGAAAGGCUUCUGUUACCAACAUGUGUUUGUCUCAUAUCAGUUCAUGGGGUGAAGUCUGAAGCUUUAAAGUUAUGAAUGUGAAAAAAGAGACGGAGCUUUGUAGGUUGGGGAGCUUGGAAGCUGAUCUUUGAUUCCCCUCCAGCACCUGAUCCAUCCCACUGGUUUUGCACUGAUGGGUCCUGGGUAGUUUCCUGCUGUCUCCAUUCGUAGGAAACGCCCCCUGCAAUAAGAGUCAUGGGGAACUUCUGCGAUGCUUCAAGUACUGAAAAACUGCUGGGUGGGUAUGCCACGGGAGAAGAUGACGUUCAUCAUGGCCAUGUGCACAAGCCAUCUCGACCCCCUCCAUGUCAGUCUUGUCAUCUCUUCUUCUUCAUCGUCAUCUUCCUUCAUUCAGUCAGCAGUGGCAGUGGAAGACGUGGGGGAUUAUCUCUGCUGAGCGGCAGUGAGUGGUAGUUCGUCAGGUCAGUGGACUGUUACUGUUCCAACCUCCUAAAGUUUAGUUCGUACCCCCCACUGAUGGAAACCCACCUAAUACUUCUUUUCCUUUCCAUCCCGAAUGAUGGAGAUGGAGGUCUCACUUCCUCGGUGGUGGUUUCUUCUCACACUGCAAAAACUCAACAUCUUAC